AAUAAUAAAGGAGGGCGAUUCUCAAUUCUCACCAACCCCCGCGUGUAGUAGGAGAAGUUCAAUCUUCAUCUUCGUCCUCAAACAAAACAAAGGAGAUAAAAAUAUACACCUAACCUUCUCUUCUACUUUCUGCAUUUUUACUUCUUCCUUCAAUUUCCUACUUCCAUGGCGGCCUUAGCUAAUCCCUCUUCUCUACGUUUCUCGACCACCAAAGCGUCAAUUUCUAAGUCAACUCCUUCUUCGAAGUUCUUUUCUGGGACUUCCCUUAAGUUAGGUUCCUUGCAAGACUAUUCGGCCCCCGAUCAAUUACCACUCACUGCUCGCCCUGCCAGAUCGUCCAUUUACGCCAGCUCUACUCAGGUUACACCUGCUGUGUCACAGAGUAGUAAGAUGACGACUUCAUCUAGGGUUCCUUCCAUUGUUGAGGUUGAUUUGGGGAACCGUAGCUACCCUAUUUACAUCGGCUCUGGUCUUCUUGAUCAGCCCGAUCUACUUCAAAGGCAUGUGCACGGAAAGAGGGUUCUUGUGGUUACCAACACCACUGUUGCACCUUUAUAUUUGGACAAAGUUACCGAUGCUUUGACAAGGGAUAACCCCAAGAUUUCCGUGGAAACAGUCAUUUUACCCGAUGGAGAACAGUACAAGGACAUGGACACUCUAAUGAAAGUCUUUGACAAAGCUAUUGAGUCUAGGUUGGACAGACGGUCCACUUUCGUUGCCCUUGGAGGUGGUGUGAUUGGCGACAUGUGUGGGUUUGCUGCAGCCUCUUUCUUACGUGGAGUCAACUUCAUUCAAAUUCCAACUACUGUUAUGGCCCAGGUGGAUUCUUCAGUGGGUGGAAAGACUGGAAUUAACCACCCGCUGGGGAAAAACUUGAUCGGGGCUUUCUACCAACCUCAAUGUGUACUUAUCGACACUGAUACGUUAAAUACGCUUCCAGACAGAGAAUUGGCAUCUGGCCUCGCAGAGGUUAUAAAGUAUGGGCUAAUCAGGGAUGCUGAGUUCUUUGAGUGGCAAGAAAAGAACAUGGAUGCAUUGUUGGCAAGGGAUCCUACGGCCUUUGCUUAUGCUAUAAAGCGCUCUUGUGAAAACAAGGCCGAGGUUGUGUCUUUGGACGAGAAAGAAAGCGGACUCAGAGCAACAUUAAACUUGGGUCACACAUUUGGACAUGCAAUAGAAACAGGAUUUGGCUACGGCCAAUGGCUUCAUGGAGAAGCAGUUGCUAUUGGAACGGUCAUGGCAGUGGACAUGUCACACCGUCUUGGAUGGAUAGAUGAAUCAUUAGUAAAACGUGUUCGUAACAUCUUGAAACAAGCUAGGUUACCUACUUCAGCUCCUGAAAGCAUGACUGUCGAAAUGUUCAAGUCCAUCAUGUCGGUCGAUAAGAAGGUAGCUGAUGGCGUGUUGAGGCUCAUUCUCUUAAAAGGCCCCCUCGGAAACUGUGUAUUCACUUCAGAUUAUGAUCCACAGGCGCUGGAUGACACUCUUCGGGCUUUUAGCAAAUCCUGAUUCAUGAUGUUAGUACAUAUAUACAUAGCUGCUAUUUUUUUGUAUCUGAUGGGUGGUUACUGCAGAAAGUAGAACCACCCAUCAACUGUAUGAAUUAUUUGUUUGUUGGCUGUGAAAUGAAAUAUCUGAUAGAGAAAUGAAGUAA